AUGUAUCUUAAUUUUACAUGUUUAACUAGGAAUCUCUUUUUGCCAUUUAUUCGGAGAAAUAGACUGUGUUUUUCAACAGAAACUAAACGCCAACUAGAUCUAGUCAAAAACCUAAGAAAACUCACAAAUGAGGGUGUAACCUCCUGUAAAAAGGCACUCGUUGAAAAUAACUGGGAUAUUAACAGGGCCGCUGUGUACAUUCUCGGGAACCAGCAACUAAAAAGAGUGGAAUUUGAAGAAGAUAAAUUAAAUUUCGGAAAAGUGUCACUUUCAUUUACACAAAAAAGAGACCGAUCAGUUGUAGUUGACCUGAGGUCGGAUUGUGACAUCGUAGCCUCGACAAAGUUAUUUGAAUACGUCUGUAAACAGGUUUCAGACUCUGUUUUGGCCUUCCUAGAGCUCCAAACGCCUGAAUUCUUCUCAAAUAAGCCGCACAUAUUUACCAUUAAUACCACGGAUUUAGAUUAUAUACCAAUUCAACAUUCCAGCCAAGAUACAGUGGGAGGUGUAUUGAAGAGAGUAUCAAGUCAGUUUGGGAAGCCAGUGGUGGCUGAAAAUAUAUACGUUUGUCAUAACAAGGAGGGGGAUUUUAUAGGUUCAUACACGCACAACACUUUACCGUCAAGUUCAGAACACACAUUUGUAGCAAAAAGAGCAGGAAUUGCAAGUCUAAAGUGUGAUUGUACAGGAGGUUUUGAGACUGAUCUGAAAAGGUUUGGCGAUUUAAUUGCCCUCCAGGCAGUUGCAGACCCGAAUUUCUGCACACUGGACGAGUUCAUGUCCCUGAAAUUGCUAAAAUAUGAAGAAUUUAAUCACAUGCUGACUAAUUUGAGUGAUAGUGUAAAUAAGUUAAAAAGGCCAACGGAUACUAAAAUAAGUCAAGUUAAAUGGACUCCAAUAAAUGCAAACACAACCGUAAAAGAGGCCUUAGAAGUAGUUAAAUUUCUGAAUAUUCCAGAAAUCUCAAUAAACGCACUUUUGUAUAUAAACGCAGGCAAAGAAUCAGUUUUAGUCAAUAAAUAA